GCGCGAGUCGCCGCCUCCUGCGGCAUUGUGGGAAAGCGGAAAGGUGGCCGGUGGGGAGGGGAGGGGAGGGGGGGGGGAAAGAAGAUGGCGGCGCAGGGAACGGAGCGGGUGGGCGGCGGUGGCGGUAAGGAGGAGCGGGAGUCGGGGCGUCCGGACUCGGAGCUGCUGCUGCUGCACCCGGAGCUGCUCUCGGAGGAGUUCCUGCUCCUCACCCUGGAGCAGAAAAAUAUACUAGUCGAAAAUGAUGUAAAGAUGGACAAAGAUGGUCUCACUAAUCUCUAUAUUCAGCAUGCCAUUCCCCUGCCUCAGCGUGACUUACCAAAAAGUAGAUGGGGGAAAAUGAUGGAAAAGAAAAGACAGCAAAAUGAGUUGAAAAGUGAGAAUAAAAGUGUUACAACAGUGGAAGGUUUAAGGAAAAGGCCACUAAUUGUGUUUGAUGGCAAUUCAACGAGUACAAGCAUAAAGGUGAAGAAGACAGAGAAUGGAGCUGCUGAUCGCCUAAAACCUCCUCCAGCUGGAAGCACCACCAACACUGUUAGAAGAUUAUCAGUUCCUUCAAAUGCCUCAACAUAUGUUUCAGCCUCCAGUUUAUCAGAGGACACUAAACUGGGAAUGAGGAAUAAUGAGGCUAAGCAGAACAAUGUUUCAAAGACUAACAGCAGUGUGUUGGCUAGUCUGAAGGUGUACCCUUUGUCUCCAGUAGCAGGAACUACUGUUGUGAAGUUAAAGAGAGCUGUUCCAAAAGAAGAAUCUGAUUUGCCGAAUGACCUAAAGCCUACGGAAGCAAAGAAGAAAAUCCAGCAUGUUACAUGGCCAUGAAGUAGCUAAUGGUGCUUGAAACAUAUAUGUUACUUCCAUAUUUUCAAACAGAUAAGUCAUAUUUAAACAGUUUAAGUACAAUUCUUUUUAAACCUUACAGGGAUUCAGAUUGCUGUGAAGUUUUAACAAGUUUAAAAGUUCCCUGUUGUAAAGCUGGAGUCAUUAUCACCAGUCACCUUAAGAGUGUCUACUCUUGUACACCAGGUAGUUCAUUACUUCUUUAAAAGCUGGUAAUAUUACAAUAUACUAAACCCCCCACUUUAGUUUUCGAGAUUAUUAUAGUUCAUCUCCUGCAUGUCACUAUGAUUCACACAUAUAAAUAUAUAUUUUUUUUGUUUCGGUAAGAUUCAGUUUUGUUCCACUUCUGGUUAAAUAGUUAAAAUAGCUAUUGAGAUUCAGAGUGAUCCCUUCUUGCCUUUAAGAAGAUAACUCAUUUAGAUGAGAAAACUGACCGUUCUGCUGAUAAGAUAGUCCGAGACAAAAUUCUUUCCUUUUCGCUGCACAGGAGUGUAGAAUUUACAGUGCAAGUUAGGUUGAUAAUAAGAGAUGAACUAUUUUAACAGCAUUACUUCAAAUUGAAGUUUCUCUUAUUGACAUAUGAAAUAACAAAUGCACAGAUGGAAGUAUGUUAUUCGACUGUUUGAUACAAAUUUUUGAGAGGAAGUAGUGAAUGGAUUAGUGCCAUGUUCUCUUAAAUACACAGGCAUAUUUUAUACAUGCAUAAGUGUAAAAAUGUGCCAGUGUAGCAAAUUUGCUUGUUUUCCUGUCAUGCUUAUAAAAUACAGGGAGAACCUGUGGAAUGCAGGCCAGUGCUUUCUCGACUUGGAGAGGGACAGGGAUAGGAAGACAAAGAAGUACCUUGAUCAUUAGCAUGUAUAGUUGCACUCUUUAAAACAAACAAACAAACAAAAAACAAACAAAAAACCCCCAAACCUGUUUUCCCUUCCUUUGAUGAUUUAACAUGGAUGUUGGUUUUCUGUGAAACUUGGUGUUUCUUCUGGAUUAUUGGUAGUGCCUUAUAAGGCAGAAAUCCAGUUAAGCUGAUGGAAACAUUUUGAUUAAUUCUCAGUGGCUCAGGGUGAAGCCAAUUUAGAUCCAUUUUAGAUAUGGAUGGUAAAUAAUAAUAACGCUCCCAGACUUAGUGAAACAAAAAAAGAAUCAACUUCUGAAUCCACUUAGUUAACCCACUAAAAUAAACUGUCAGUAGUGAUCCAAAAGCUUGUUUACAUUUUUAACAUUGGUUAAUAUUGAAACCAAAAACUGUAGCUUAAUUCAUUACUGACGGAAGUUCUCCAUUCACUGUUAUGACAUAAAAGGCACUUCUCGAAUGCUGUAAAAUGGCAAGAAUGUGUGUUUUGAAAUACUGUGUGCUGUUUCCCUUUUACUAAACACUUGUGCAGUUUUUGUACUUGAGUACAGCAAACUUUAACGUAAUGUACAUUUUGUAUGUAAAGAGUUGUCUUUUAAGUAGCCUUAUCCUAUUUAAAUAAAUUCAAUUAAAAGCAAACAAAGUAGUGCUGACUUGUUUUUGUGGUGUAAUUGAGCUUGUUCAUUUUAUACCGUUAUAUUUCAGGGGACUUGAAGUGAUUAGAACUUAAGAAAAAGCUUACAGGGUAAAAGGCUUGGUACCUACUUUGGAGGAGUAGUAGCUACUUUUAGCAGGAGUUGGUAUCAUGUGAAGUGCUGGUCUUUGUACUAGUGUAACAGUUUGGUAGGAUUUGUGUUUUGUGGGUGGCUUCUUGGCAGUGGUUUAGAGUCUAGGCUAUGUUUUGUUGUAGUUCAGUUGCUAGGAGCACGUGUGUGUUAAGUGAUAUGCAGAACUGUACUGGAAUAAUAGCAUGAUGCUGCUAUUGCAUGGUAUUGUCUUGUUUUCAGGCCGGUAUGCUUUCCAGCCUUGUCAUGUUCCACCUACCUUUCCCCAAAGCUGGGACCGUUUUGCCGUCUGUUGUAGUGCUUGGGCGGCAAGGUGUAAGCCAUGCUGUUCUUACUACCUUCCACUACCCCCUUGGCUAAUAGUAAUCCUUCUUCUCUCAGCAAAGUACUAGAGCAGAGCUGCAGUGUGCUGGGGGGGAUUGCCAGACCCCAGAGGAGAGAGUAAGUGAGGUGCUUGCCCUCCUUUGAGAGGUGUGGAUAUAAGAGGGAUUUUUAUGGCUAUUCUUUACUACAGCCUUCAUUGUAGAAUGAAGUCACCAAAGGAUGGAAUGUAGUCAUUCAGUGAGAUCAGGUUAGCACGGUGCACACGUCAAAAAUGUCAGCCAGCCAAGUUCUUCAAAUGGUGUACAGUAAACCAAAUUGAUCUGAUGCAUCUGUUUAGCUUGUUGAAUUAAUGAGAGGAAUGACCUGUGAGCACUUUACACGUGGUACAAAAAGAGGCAAAUUCACAAGUGGUGGCAGGAACUAGGAGCAAACUUUCCCUACCCAGUUGCACACAGAGUAAGUAUAUUCCUAAUUCUUCUUUCCACAUGUGAAGAUUCCUGUUGGAAGUGUGACAUACUACUUUCCUCGUUUUGCUGGUUACAAAUGAAUUCCAUCUGGAAGGUGUACCAGGAUUGUAUAUUGCAUAACAUGGCCAUAUUUCUUGAAGUUUGCUUUGGGAAAAGAGUUAUCUUCCUUUGGAUUGUUUCCUCUUGAUUUUAUUGUCCUGCCAGCAUGCUGUUGCUGACAGUUGCCUUUGCAGCGAACAUGUAGCAGAAAUGAUGCUAGAGCAAAGGGUAUUACGUAUUGCAAUACAGAACAAAAUUAAAGUAUGCCCUAGUAUAGAAGUUAGACUUCUGACUUUUUCAAAGAUAAAUGUCUUUUGAGUUGUCUUGACCUCCUUGCUUGCUGAGAACAACAAUAUUUUGGUUUUGAGUUUAGAGCCUAUGAACACAUUUUUAUCAGCUGCAGUCAAUUCAGUGUUUUCACACAGUUGUUCAGUUUUGCUGAUAAAUUUUCCCACUGAUUUCAGUUAGCAGAAGUCUAUGUAGUAUCAGCAGGGCCCAUCUGAGGAUUGUCUAAACUCCGCGGUUUCAAAUGACUGGGUGCAAACAGGGUUGUGUUUGUACGGCUGUUGUGUUGUGUUUCUGCAGACUGUGAAAGCAUUUUAUUUACUCAUAUCUAAUAUGUAAACACAAGUAAACCACAAUCACAAUUUUGUUUUAAAUGAUUUUAUUUUGAAAAAUACAAUGUGCAGUGUAAUGUCGACUAACUGUAAUACUGACACUGUCAAUCAGAACUUGUACUUCACACAAUGAUCAGCUAGUCAUGCAAUAAAAUAUGUACCUGUUACGAAGCA